AGGCAGGAACCCGAAGGCAAGCAGGGGCUGGGUGGGGACCAUGGCUGGGAUCACCACCAUCGAGGCGGUGAAGCGCAAGAUCCAGGUUCUGCAGCAGCAGGCCGAUGAUGCAGAGGAGAGGGCCGAGCGCCUCCAGCGGGAAGUGGAGGGAGAAAGGCGGGCCCGGGAACAGGCUGAGGCUGAGGUGGCCUCCUUGAACCGUAGGGUCCAGCUGGUUGAAGAGGAGCUGGACCGCGCUCAAGAGCGCCUGGCCACUGCCCUGCAAAAGCUGGAGGAAGCUGAGAAAGCUGCUGAUGAGAGUGAGAGAGGUAUGAAGGUUAUUGAAAACCGAGCCUUAAAAGAUGAAGAAAAAAUGGAACUCCAGGAAAUCCAACUCAAAGAAGCUAAGCACAUUGCAGAAGAGGCAGAUAGGAAGUAUGAAGAGGUGGCUCGUAAGUUGAUUAUUGAGGGAGACUUGGAACGCACAGAGGAGCGAGCUGAGCUGGCAGAGUCCCGUUGCCGAGAGAUGGAUGAGCAGAUCAGACUGAUGGACCAGAACCUGAAGUGUCUGAGUGCUGCUGAAGAAAGAUACUCUCGGGCUUCCCUGAAAGAAAGGUACUCUCAAAAAGAAGACAAAUAUGAGGAAGAGAUAAAGAUUCUUACUGAUAAACUCAAGGAGUCAGAGACCCGUGCUGAGUUUGCUGAGAGAUCGGUAGCCAAGCUGGAAAAGACAAUUGAUGAUUUGGAAGAUAAACUGAAAUGCACCAAAGAGGAGCACCUCUGUACACAAAGGAUGCUGGACCAGACUCUGCUUGACCUGAAUGAGAUGUAGAGCACCCCAGUCCCAUCCUGCCGCUGCUCCUCCCUCUGACCCCGACUCCGCUGAGGCCAGCCUGCCCGAAGCUGACCUUUAAACUGAGGGCUGAUCUUUAACUGGAAGGCUGCUUUCUCCUUUCGCCACCUCUCCCACCCCCACCCCUGUGUCCUUUUCGCCAAACUGUCUCUGCCUCUCCCCAGAGAGUCCAUUUGGGCUAGAGGCUGAGCACCUUUGGGAACAACGUUUAAGGGAAUGUGAGCACAAUGCUAAGUGUCUUUAAAAGCAUGUUGUGAUGUACACAUUUUGUAAUUAUCUUUUCUGUUGUUGUUGAUGUAGCAGCCAUUUGUAAAACAUUCCAGAUAAUUCCAUAGUUUUGAAGCAGCAGUCUAAUCCCUUUCUCACUUUUGGAAGGUAACUUUUCAGCUUAAUGCAUAUUGCCCUCUCCGUAGAGGAGGGGAAAAGGUAUGGGCAUGCCUUACUGAGAGCCAAACAGCCCAGAGAAGGACUCCAUUUUGGGAAACCUUAUUGCUCUGUAAAAAGUACCCGCCAAACCAGAAAGGUGAUUCCAGAAGGAGUUAGCCAAAAAAAAAAAGCUCUGUUCAGGUUUUCAGCUUUACGGUAUCUUUGGGCAACUUUUUUUUCCAUCAGAAGUGACCAGAUGAAAUCAA